GUUACGAGUCGAAGGUGCCGGAAAGAAGUGUAAUGACGCGCCACGCUCUUUCCGUUGUGGUGCCCCAGGUUCUUGGACGAUGUUGUCGACAGAUGGGGUUACAGCUCGGUGCUAGCACAAUCUACUGGUUUGCAUUGCUAACGUUCGUCUGGUGUGGUGCAAACAACCUGCACAUGAACGAUGGCGUACGGACGCAGGACAUUAUUGCUGGUGAUGUGUUUUUCGAAAUUAUAGAACCGUCGGCCCUGGAGUACACGUACCGCUUGCGACCGGCGAAAGAUUUUGGAGGUACGUUUGGCAUUACGUACAAAUCGCCACACGGGAAGCUUGUGCCGGCAUUACCAGCCGAUGCAUGUUCGACCAAAUUUGAGAACGCCGAUGAGUUGGUUGGAAACAUUGCACUCGUCGAACGUGGUCAUUGUUCGUUCCUAACGAAAGCCAUCAACGUGGAAGCAAUCGGUGGUGCAGCAAUUAUAGUUACCGAGUACGAUACGGAGAUCGAUGACUUUGACUACUACAUUGAGAUGGUGCAUGACAACACCGAUCGCGAGACGAACAUUCCGGCAGGAUUUCUGCACGGCAAGAAUGGUAUCAUUAUCCGGCAGACGCUUAAAAAGAUGAAUUUGCCGUACGCGAUCGUUAACAUUCCCGUCAACCUGACGUUUAUUCAGCCGCACAUGAUAAAUCAACCACCGUGGUUGCCAUGGUGA